AUGACUAUUGUAAACUUGGGCAUUGGCAAUGGCACACAAAACGAGCCAGCAUCUAUUGUGUCAACAGAUGUUCUCAUUAUCGGGACAGGGCCGGCUGGAGCUGCCUUGGCUUGUUUCUUGGCAUCUUAUGGGAUUCAGGGAAUUAUGAUAACUACAUCUCCCACAAACGCUGAUACCCCUCGAGCCCACAUAACCAACAUGGCCGCCAUGGAGUGUCUUCGAGAUAUCGGGUUAGACAAAGAAUGCAACCGUCUCGCGACCAACUCGAGUAAUAUGAUGCAUACACGGUGGGCAUACAGCAUGGCUGGAGAAGAAUAUGCACGGAUUCACUCUUGGGGACACGAUCCAAAGCGCAAGGGCGACUACGAAAUUGCCAGUCCCUGCGAUCCCGUCGACCUACCCCAGACCCUCCUUGAACCCAUUCUUGUCCGCCACGCCACACUCAAUGGCUUCAGUUGCCGCUUUGAUACCACCUUUAUUGAUUUUGUUCAAGAUCAGGAUGGUGUGACAAGCAUACUUCGCGACAAUAUUACUCGAUUAGAAUACAAAAUACGUUCUAGAUAUCUCUUCGGCGCAGAUGGUGCGCGAAGUGAAGUCUUCCGUCAGGCCGAGCUUCCACUAGAUGUGCGACCGGACCAGGGCUUAGCUUUCAAUGUUCAUCUCAAAGCGGACCUCUCAAGGUAUAUGCAGUAUCGUACAGGGAAUCUUCAUUGGCUUUUGCAGCCUGAUAAAGAGCACCCUCUGUUUGGGUGGGCCUGCAUUGCAAGAAUGGUGAAGCCAUGGGAUGAAUGGCUAUUUAUUGUAUUGCCAGAGCGUGGAAAAGAACUGACAUGUAAUCCCUCCAAUGAGGAGUGGCUCCCUCGAAUGAAAGAAUUUAUUGGUGACGAUUCGAUUCAUGCCGAGAUUUUGGGGGUAUCAAAAUGGCGCAUCAAUGAUGUUGUUGCUGAGAGGUUUUCCAAUGGCAGGGUGUUUUGUCUGGGUGAUGCAGUGCAUCGGCACCCGCCUUCAAAUGGACUUGGAUCUAAUACUUGCAUUCAAGACGCAUAUAAUCUGGCAUGGAAGGUCGCGCACGUGCUGAAGGGCCAUGCAUCAUCGUCUCUUCUUGAAACCUUCUCUGCUGAGCGGCAGCCUGUCGGCCGUAGAGUCGUGACCCGAGCCAAUCAAUCAUUCCGCCACCACGGGCCAGUGUGGGAAGCACUUGGUGUUGGACUUUCAACUCCAGAGAAGCGAAUGCAAGCCUUGAAUGAAAUGACCCUUCCUAAUGAAAAAGGACGUGCCCGUCGAGCUGCCCUCCAAGCAGCUAUUGAAGAGACGGAGCACGAGUAUCAUGCGCUCGGUACAGAGAUGGGUCAAUUUUAUCAGAGUCGUGCUGUCUAUCCUGGAGAUGAAAAAGUUCCCUUUUAUACAGCAGAAGUUCUCGCCAAAGACCAAGAUCUAGUUCUCACCAGAAGUACUUAUCCCGGAUGCCGGUUACCUCAUGUCUGGCUAAAUCAUGCGGUCCCAGUUCAGCGAAUUUCGACUAUUGACCUGGCCGGACAUGGAGCAUUCACUAUUCUUACAGGAAUUGGAGGAGAAGCUUGGAAAGCCGCGGCCUGCCGAGUCACGCAUGAUCUUGGUGUCACAAUCAAUGUCUAUUCAAUCGGUUUCCGCCAGGACUAUGAGGACGUUUAUUUUGACUGGGCACGAGUCCGCAACGUGGAUGAGACAGGAUGUGUACUCAUUCGCCCAGACCGGUUUGUUUCAUGGCGAUGUAACGAAGUCCUAGGUGAUGAAGUCGAAUGCACAACCAAAUUACGGGAGGUGAUUAAGACUGUUCUUGGGUUUUAA